AUGCCUUCUGCCCAGUUCAAAAAGGCCGCGGAGGAGAGCCGUCAGCUCAAGGCCAAGCCGAGCAAUGACGAAUUGUUGGAGCUCUACGCCCUCUUCAAGGUCGCCAACGGCGAAGACUUUUCCAAAGCCCCUGCUCCCGGCAUGUUCGAUCUCAAGGGCAAAGCCAAACACAAGGCCUGGCAGAAAGAAGUCGAUGCAGGCACCUCUGCCGCGGACGCUGAGAAGCGAUAUAUUGAGCUCGUCGGAAAGCUGAAGGAGAAAUAUGGCUUUGAUCCGUCAAAGGCCCCCGAGGCCGUCGGUGCGAACUGA